AUGAGAGAGACGGCAAGGACGAUGGAGGAGGACCAAGAGGGAAAGAGCACCAGUGCACGGAACAAGGGUCCUUCGUUCCUUCCCUGCUGCAUCUGCAGGCAUCUUUCAGUGCUUUCCUAUCACCAUCUCGAGUCCUUGACAGUCAUCUUCUGUUCCCGUCAUUUUCUCGACAUUUUUAUCAUAUUCGCCCAGACCUACUGGCUUCUUGCCGCUGCACGCUCUAUGCCCUUUUCGCUGCCUCUUUGA